UAGAUGUUUUAAGCACGACCAUGGAUGUAUAUAAGUAGUGGGUACAAUAUACACAAAUCAUCACAAGUCAUCCCGACUCAUUUGUUCUCUGUUUGCGGUUUCACAAUCACAUCUCAAUUAGAAUUAUGACAUCGCUAAAACUCCUUGCGCUAGCCUGCGUGAUGGCGGCGGCACUGGCUGACGACACGUACACAGACAAGUAUGACAACAUCAACCUGCAGGAGAUCCUGGACAACAAGCGGCUGCUCAUGAACUACGUCAACUGUGUGCUGGAGAAGGGCAAAUGCAACGCUGAAGGGAAGGAGCUGAAAGACCAUCUAGAAGAAGCGCUCCAAACAGGGUGCGCGAAAUGCACGGAAGCUCAGAAGAAGGGCGCGCAGACGGUGAUCGAGCACCUGAUCAAGAAUGAGCUGGAGCUGUGGAGGGAGCUGGCCAACAAGUACGACCCCCAGGGCACCUUCAGGAAGAAGUACGAGGACCAGGCCAAGGAACACGGCAUCGUCAUCCCCGACGAGUGAAGAGUGGAGAGAAUGCUUUAGUGAAAUAAAUACUUCCUCAUUUUUA